GCCAUUGGAUGGCCUUUUUACAGGCAAAGGUUUGACGGAGUUAAACUAUAUGUUUUUACUGGGGAUUCGAAAAGUACUCUACCCUUCUGUUCCCCUCUCUCUUUAGACAGGCUUCCAGAGAGAGCGAGCGAGCGAGCGAGAGAGAGAGAGAGAGUUAAAACAGGAGCUUAUUUUCUUUCAAAGAAAAAGAGCGCAUUUGCCAACUUCGCCCUGCUAGGACUAGAGAACAGACACCACUGUGGGCGGGUUCAGUGGAAUAAAUAGCGGCAAGUGGGUGGGAGCUGGGAGCGAGCUUCUAAUGCUGUAGAAUGAGAUUUCCAUGCAAUCCUUACUUAGCUGUGAGUAGCGCAGCCCCUCUCUCACACACAUUCUGCAGAGAGAAGACUGAGUUUUCUUCUCUCUCUCUCUCUCUCUGUCUCUCUCUCUCUCUCUCUCACACACACACACACACACACAAACACACUGCAGAGAGAAGACUGAGUUUUCUUCUAUUUUGAUCUCAAGCAACGGCAACGAACAGGAGCUGAAAUGACUAAGGAUGAUGGCUUCAAGGUCCUCAAAAUCCAGAGAGAAGACUGAGUUUUCUUCUAUUUUGAUCUCAAGCAACGGCAACGAACAGGAGCUGAAAUGACUAAGGAUGAUGGCUUCAAGGUCCUCAAAAUCCAGCAACGGCAACGAACAGGAGCUGAAAUGACUAAGGAUGAUGGCUUCAAGGUCCUCAAAAUCCAGACGUGCAUACUCAAGGUGAGCAUACAUUGUGAUGGAUGCAAGCAGAAAGUUAAGAAGCUCCUCCAAAAAAUUGAAGGAGUCUACUCAGUAAGCAUAGAUUUGGAGAAUCAGAGGGUCGCUGUCUCAGGAAAUGUGGAUUCCGAAACUCUGAUAAAAAAGCUGGCCAGAUCAGGCAAACAUGCAGAGCUCUGGUCUCAGAAAACCAGCAGCCAAAACCCCAAGCCCAACCAACAGAAGCAACAGAGGCAAGCUGCUGCUGCCCAUCCAAGGAUGGAUGGCGGCAAGAACAACAACAAAGACCAAGGCAAGCAACGCCUCAUCCAAGGCCUCAGAGCCUUCAAGAAUCAGCACAAUAAGCUUCCCUCAUUGAGCUCUGACGAGGAAGAGUAUGAUGAUGAUGACGAAGUCGAAGGCCUGGAUGUGCUGCCUUUCCUUGAUAUGAACCCAAUCAAUUUCCUGAGGCAGACAAGCAAUGCAGCAGCCGGUGCAAAGGAAAAUUGCAACGGCAAUGCUGGUGGGCAUGAUAAUGGCGGAGCUGGAAAGAAGAGUGGAGGAAAUACCAACCCGAGUCAGGUAGAGAACAAAAAUGGAUCCCAGAAAAAGGGCAUGGACAUUUCGGCUAAUAGCAAGAUCAUAAAUGGUGUCUACUUGGGUGGCGGCAAUCCUAACGCAGGGGUCAUCAAUGGCGUCCGCUUGGGUGGCAGCAAUCCUAACGCUGGGGUCAUCGAUGGUGUCCGCUUGGGUGGCAGCAAUCCUAACGCAGGGAUCAUCAAUGGUGUCCACUUGGGUGGCGGCAAUCCUAACGCAGGGGCGAUAAGAAGGGUGAAUGACAUAAACGGCAUGACGACGGGUCUUCAUGGCCUUGGUCGAAACAGUGGAAAUGGAUUCUCUGGCUACGCAAGGUUCCCAUCGAAUGGUGAGGGAUUUGGAGAGCGUCGUCAGUCCCCCAUGAUGGAGAACAUGCAAGGGUAUCAGGCCCAUCCAUCAUCCAUGAUGAACAACUUGAUGGGGCGCAGCAAUAACAUGAUCAUGCACGACAGCAGAUCCAUGCAACCUCAGAUGAUGUACCGUAGGUCCCCUCAGAUAUCUCCUUACACUGGCUACUACCCCUGCUAUCCAAAUCCCUACCAUCCCAGCAACCUGUCAGAAAAUAGUGAUUAUGGCAUUCAUCUUUUCAGUGAUGAGAACACCAGCUGGGGCUGUGUUGUGAUGUAGAAUGGUUUCGUAGGUUGAGUUAGGCAAGUCUUUUCUUCUUUUAUUUCUUUGUUGUUAUAAUGCCGCUACCUAUUCCUGUUGUUAGUGCAUUAGUUUGGUGCUUAAGAGUUAAAGCUGACGGCUUCAUGGAUAAUUAUUUCAAGAAGCUAUGGAACAUAGUAGUGCGAUAUACCAUUUAGUG